AAAAGACUACCUGAAAAGAAGGAUGUCUGAAACAGCAAGCACCAAAAAACAGAAGAAACCCCUCCUGAAUGGGAGAAGAGCCCUUCCAUCAAACAACUCCAAUGCUGAAGAAAAUGAGGUCCCUGAAAUGGAGGUUUUUGGUUUCACACCUAGAGGGUUUAAUCCAAAAGAAUACCUGCAUGUCGUGGAUAUCCAUCUGUUUAAGGAACCCUAUGAGAUUAACAAGCAAGAGCACCAUACCGACAAGUAUUACAGCCCUAAGCUGAUAGUGCGUCGAGGACAGCCUUUCCAAAUCCAGAUUGAUUUCAACCAACCCUACAAGCCAGGCAUUGACCAAUUCUGGCUGGAGUAUUUGAUAGGCCGCUAUCCACAGCAAAACAAAGGUACUUACGUCCCAGUCAGAGUGGGUGAUGAGCUGAAACCUGGUGAGUGGGGGGCCAAGAUUAUCCACAAAGAGAACAACUCCGUUCGCCUGUCCGUCAUGGCCGCUGCCACCUGCAUUAUUGGAAAGUUUCGCCUGUAUAUUGCUAUCUUAUCUCCCUUCGGCAUCUUCCGAACACGCAGAAACGCAGAAACUGAUACUUACAUACUCUUCAAUCCCUGGUGCCAGCUCCUCGAUGUCUCAACAGCCAACUUGUUAGCCAACAUGGUGACUAUGCAGAGGCAUCCUCUGAC